AAAAAGGGUUUAUUGCCUCUCAAAACGAAGACACCACACUCAAGUAUCAGCAGGACUGUGGGUAGAAGGAGCAGAGAGGAGAGAGAACAAUAGCAGAGAACCAUCUGAAAAGCUGGCAAAACUGCUAUCCAUCGCGAGAUGAAAUUCUUCAAGACAACUAAAGACGAGGAGCCCACUGCUCCAGGGCAGGUGGCAAUCAAAAAGAGAUCCAGAGUCCCUGGGGUCAUGAUUACACAGUUUGUGGAGGAGCUUCCUGUGGGCAUGACCACCCCUGAUUUCACCCGCAAACCCAUCGCUUUGACUAUUCAGGAAGGGAAAUGUGCUGUUUUCAAAGCAAUUGUGUCUGGUAAUCCGACACCAAGUGUGCAUUGGACAAGAAGUAAUGGAGAAGUAAAUGAACCAGAGAGAUACAAAAUUGUAUCUGAUCCAGCCACGCCUAAUGAGCACUAUAUAGAGAUGCCGGAAGUAUCUCCAGAACAAGCUGAUACCUACAAAUGCUUUGCCACCAAUGAGUAUGGAAAAGCUGUGGUCACCGCUAACCUCAAUGUAAUUGAAAUGGGAUAUAAGAAGAGCAAGGCUAUGAAAGAUGCACGAGCAGCUGCUGUGAAGCCACCUGAAGAUUUCAAAAAUCUCCUAACAAAAGCGGUUGUAGAAUCAAACAAAGAUGACAAAAAAGAUGGAGAAAUCGAUCCAAGGUUUUGGGAUGUGUUGAUGAGUGCCGACAAGAAAGACUAUGAGAAAAUCUGUGCUGAGUUUGGAGUCACUAACUUCCGCUGGAUGCUGAAGACACUGAACGCGAAGAAGGUUGAGAGGGAGGAGGAUCAAGCAAAGUAUGUUGAAAACCUCAGCAAUCUGAAACACAUUGAAGUAAAACCUGGUGGAGGUGCAGAGUUUGAAUUUGAGAUGUCGCUUAAAGACCCCAACGUCAAGAUCUUCCUGUUCAAGGAUGGAGUAAUGGUUCCGUUCAGUGUUGAAACAGAAGAUAAGCAUUUUCUGAAGAAAACAGGAAGAAAAUUUACAUUUGGCAUUAAGGAUCUUGCUGGAGAUGAUGAAGGAUUGUACCAAGUGAUGGUGGAGGGGGUACUUAUCUUCUCAACUGACUUCAAAGUUCCCAUGGCGGAUUUCCUGGUCAAAAUUKAGGAAGUGAAGGCCACGGAGAGAGAGGAUGGCGUGUUUGAAUGUGUCCUGUCAUCCCCCAUGUCAAAGAUUCAAUGGACGGGGAAGAAUCAACCGUGUGAACAAGGGGAGAAGUUUGACAUUGAAGUGUCAGAGGACAUGCUCAUUCAUAGAUUGGUUGUGAAGGACUGUGCGAAACUGGAUGGUGGUAUCUAUUCAGUAUGUGCAGGGAUCAAGUCUUGCAAUGCCUUUCUUGUUGUGGAGGCUGAUAACGAUCCAGCCACCAAGGGGAAAAAGAAAGUCCGCAAAACAACUCGAGCUGGUGGGGGAGAGGUAGACUUGGCUAAAAUAGCUGCAGAGCAGAAAGCUAAGCUGGACAAAGCGAGAGAUGAGAGAAUGGAGUUGGCGAAACAGAUUAAGGCAGACAUGGAUGCUAAGGCAGCAGCAGCGCCCGAACUAGAGCUGGAGAACAAGGACGAGAAGAAAGAGCCUGAGCCUGUGGAAGAGAAGAAGGAAGAGCUUAGAGACAAAGAGAUACCAGUUGAAAAGAAGAAGAAAGAGCCUGGAGACGAAGAGACACCAGUUGAGGAGAAGAACAAAGAGCCUGGAGACGAAGAGAUACCAGUUGAAGAGAAGAACAAAGAGCCUGGAGACGAAGAGAUACCAGUUGAAGAGAAGAAGAAAAGAGUGAGAACAGGUCCACUGAUCCCAGACACCAUCAUAGACCCAGGAGUGCACUUUACCAGUGGAUUGUCAGACAUCAGUGUUAAUAUGGGCAACAGAGGUGAACUGGAGUGUAAACUGAGCAGGGAAAACUGUGAAGGAAUCUGGUACAAAGAUGGAGAAGAGAUAGAAGCAUCAGAUGAUAUUGCGAUGACACAUGAUGGGGCCUUUCACAGGCUUAUACUGAAGAACUGCAAGGAGGAAGAUUCUGGCAAAUACCGAUUUGAAGCUGAUGGACGUAAAACAGAGUCCAUACUCGUUGUAGAGGAUCCACCCAGAGUAAACCCAGAUGACCUGGCUGAUUUCUCAAAGCCCGUCAUAAUAAAGGUUGGCCAGAGCGCUACCUUCAAACUGUCUUUUAUGGGUCGUGACCCAAUGAAGAUCUAUUGGUACAAUGAAGGUGAGGAGUUGGUGGAGGACAAACACAUCAACAUUGAGAAGUCGCUCACACACAGUCGCCUCCUCCUCAGCAAGUGCCAGCGGAAAGCCACAGGAGAAAUCAAGAUCAAGAUCAAAAAUGAAUGUGGAACCAUUGAGGGCAGAUCCAGGUUGAUUGUGCUGGACAGACCAAGCCCUGCCUUAGGACCUGUGGAGAUCAUUGAAGCUUCUUCGGCUGUACUUGACUUUAAAUGGAGGCCUCCAAAAGACAAUGGUGGCUCUCCUGUGAUCAACUACAUCCUGGAACGACAGCAGCUGGGCCGUAACUCCUGGAUGAAGCUGGGUCAGAUCCCUGGAGAGCCCAAAUACAGGGACACCAAUGUAGACCAUGGAAGGAAGUAUUGCUACCAUAUCAGGGCUGUGACUGAGCAGGGCAUAAGUGAAAUGAUGGAGACAGAUGACAUCCAGGCCGGUACAAGAGCAUAUCCCGGACAACCUUCCUCACCCAAAGUGAUCAGUGCCUUUGCAAACUGCAUCAAUCUGGAAUGGGUUCCCCCUUCCAACACUGGAGGAACUAAUAUUCUAGGUUAUCACCUGGAGAAACGCAAGAAGGGCAGCAAUCUAUGGGGUUCAAUCAACAAUUUGAAAGAGCCAAUCAAAGGUCAAGGGAUUGCAGUCAAAGACGUUAUUGAGGGAAUAGAGUAUGAGUUCCGUGUUGCAGCUAUCAACAUAUCUGGUGCUGGAGAGCCAAGCACCCCCUCUGAAUUUGUUAUUGCAAGAGACCCAAAGAAGCCCCCCGGUCAAAUCAUUGACCUGAAGGUGACAGACUCCACCUACACCACCUUGUCCCUGGGUUGGACUAAACCCAUAGAGGAGGAAGGGGUCCAAGAUGAAGCCAAGGGAUACUUUGUGGAGAUCAGACCAGCAGCAAACCCAGAGUGGGACCGCUGUAARAAUAACCCCAUCAUCAUGACCUCCAAUAACAUUUUGGGUCUUAAGUCAAUGGCCAUGUACUGGGUGAGAGUGAUUGCCACCAAUGACGGGGGAGAAGGGGAGCCCAGAGGCUUGGACAACUACAUCCUGGCUAUGCCCCCCCCAGUGAGACCACAUUUCACUGAUCGCAAAAUGAAGAGCUUCAUGGUUGUGAGAGCCGGGAAUUCUGCUCGAAUCAACAUCAACUUUGUGGCUUCUCCUAUGCCAAACAUAACGUGGCUAAAGGAUGGGAUGCCAGUAUCAAAACUUGUAACCAUUAGCAACUCCGAUAAUACAUCCCAGCUCCUAAUCCCCACAUCUGAGCGUCCCGACACAGGAAUCUACACCAUCAUCGUCAAGAACAUGGUUGGUCAGGAGACCUUCAGUAUCGAGAUCAGAGUCACAGAUGAUCCCAAGCCUCCUGGCCCGGUGGAGUUGGAACAGAAUGUUCCUGGAACAGUGACUGUGACCUGGACUCCCUCCCCAGAUGAGAAGAGGGACGACAGGCUGCACUACAUAGUGUCCAGACGCGACUCCGUCAAGCGAAUGUGGCAAACUGUAGCCGACCACCUCUUCAACAACAAGUUCACAGCCCUCAACAUCAUGGCUGGACGAGAGUACUACUUCCGUGUCUACGCCAAAAAUGACAUGGGUCUCUCUGAGCCUUCUGAGUCGCCAACCUGGGGAGUGACCAAGAAAAAAGAUAAGUUCUCAAUGGCUGUCAGCUCAUUCAAGAGCCUCAACUUUGAGUCAGCGCCAUCGUUCUUAGUUCCACUGAAAACGCACAGCACCCCUGAGAGCUACGAGUGCUACAUGAGCUGUGCUGUCAGAGGGGACCCAACACCUCAUGUCACAUGGUACCGCAACAAUAUCAGCCUCAACACCAACACCAACUAUCUUAUCACCAACACCUGUGGGGUCUGCUCCAUGCUCAUACUGAGGGUUGGACCCAAGGACACUGGAGAGUACAAAGUCAUUGCAGACAAUGCCUUGGGCAGGGCAGAGUGCUCCACCAAACUCACAGUCAACGAGUGAAGUGGUUCCACAGUCCUCGAGUUCUGCUUCGCAAAGACUGUCAGAUUGCCCAGAGCAACCAGAAACACUGCAGAGAGCUAACAUGGAUGCAUGUUGAUUAUAUCCUUAGAGAGUAGGCAUGUUCUUCAGUCUUGUGGUAAAAAAAGAAAAUCAAUAGUGGUUUGAGAUACAGUAGUGUGUGUUGAAAGAGAUUAUGUAAUGACUUAUUCAUACUGUAAAUAGGCCUUUUGUUUGACAGAAACUUGACAAUCCAAUCCUAGAUGUGUUCUCUUGUUGACUCUCAAGACUUAAGAGAGACAGAGGCAACAGAAGAGAUUCCCAUAAUUUAAGACGCAUGCAAUUUGAAAUCAAUAUUCCAUAGGCCACUCACAUGGUGUCCAUUGCCUAGGCUGUCCACUGUGACCCCCCCCCCCCCCCCRCCAUAAAAUAGUCCAUGGGUGCACACACCCUGGUAUUGUUUUGCCAACUGUUACACGGCUUCACAUACCUCUUUUACUGCUAGCAUGCAGUCGUGUUCUUUCGGGGGAUAUUGAGAGUUUAUAAUGGAAGGUAAUAAAUUAGAAGAAUUCAUAGGCAUGACUGAGUUUGACCUUAUGUACAUUUGGUCCUGGGCUGGUUUCAAGUUUCAGAAAGUGUAAACUUUCUACAUGACAAUGCAUGGUUCUGUAGUGAUUGUUGACUUAAGCGGACAAUAAUUAUUUUAUAGCAUAACAAUGUAACAGGCUUUGACAUUUACAAGCAUACAAACUGGUGGACAAGAAUACGUUCACUGUAUUUGCAUUGUAUUUUACAAUUUUAAAUACAGUAAAUACAGUAAUACAGUAAUACAACAUUAUUAAAGUUAAGGUGAUUCAUGGAAAUGUAAGUCAAAUUCCUAAUAGUGAAAGCAAGUUAUCCUAACUGUCGGCUAUUUGAGCUUCAGUGUACUGUCAAUCUGAUUUUGAACCUAAUAACUUAAAAUAAUUUUGCCUGCAUUUAAGUAAAUAGCAACAACUGGUUAUAGGCUUCCUCCCUUUCCUUUAUUUGUUUGGUAAAAAUAUGUAAACAACUGGAUGGAAAAAGCAAUGGACAGGAAAUGUGGAGUGUGAGUUGAUGCAGAAUUGUUUUGUGAAGGAAACGUAUUAACCCUUGACCCUGUGUGGCCCCUGAAGUAAAUGCCUUCUGUAAUGUCAACCUUCUCAGCUCAGCUUCCCAUGCCUGUGUCCGGUCAACUUUCCUGUGUCAAACACCAACUAUUAUUUUGUCGCCUGAAAUAUGCACAACACACUGUCAAUCGUGCUUGGACCCAGUAUAACUGUGUCAUUGCUAAGAAUACAAUAAAGAUACAAGAAUGACUCCUA